GAAGCCUGUGUGUGAGCCCAGUUUAGUUGCAAACUUUGCCAACGCCACCGCCGAGGAAUCGCGCGCGCCAGGUAUAUCUGGAACAGGACGUAGCAGUGCUCAGUGAGUGUGUGUUUUUUAUAAUUUUUGCCGUGCUGUGUGCCGUUUUGUGCGGCCGCCGGAACGUGAUUUUGACGGUGCGGAGUGGGAUAGAUAGACAGGUAGUGAUAGCCCACGGAUCCGGGAUCCAUCCCCGGGCCGUGCACGGUUGGAAGGGGAGUGGGAAAAUCAACAACAAUAAAGGAAAACUAGUUCAACAAUAAGACUGCUUAAAAACGGGGAUUUCGUCGUGUUCUCCUGAGAAGAAACCUGCUGCUGGUGGAAACCGCAACCGUCGUCGGAGGAGAGAGGGAGACUUCUGAAAUGUAGAACCUCAUCACCUUCGCAUACGCAAUCGUCUGAUAUGCACCACCGGUCAGCGGUGCACAUCCGAGACGACGAACCACAUCCGGCGGGACCCGUAGAUCUGCGGUCUCGUAUGGAUUCAUCGCCGGCGUCGUACAAGUUGAGACAGUCCGACCGAAGUGUUAUGCGAGGAGACUCUUCCGUAGUCUCCGUUUCUACCGUCAGCAGCAGUACCAGCAGCCGAAGUUCUGAUCACCAACGAAGCAAUCAUCAUCAUCAUCAUCAUCAGGCACAGCAUCAGCAGCAACAGCAUCAGCAUCAGCAGCAGUACCCCCAGCAACAGUAUCGCCAAACGAGCCACAGCAGAAAGUUAAGCCCCGGAAGUGACGGAGCAGUCAGUUCUUCGACGACCAGUAAUAGAACACGAGGAACUGAGCCGGUAGCAACUGUAAGCUUGGACCGUGCAUCUGCUCUAUUAAGACACGGAACGACAGCAUCAUCGACGUCCCCUGGCGGUUCAGUGGCCAGUUCGUUCCCGUCCGGGUUGAAAGAAUCCAGCAAGUGUCCUACUCCAGGUUGCGUAGGCUUAGGUCACGUCACAGGUCUUUACUCUCAUCAUAGAAGUUUAUCUGGAUGCCCAAGAAGAGACAAAGUUUCCUCUGAAUUACUCGCUCUUCACGAAACCAUCCUUAAAUGCCCAACGCCCGGGUGUAACGGUCGGGGUCACGUUAGUGCCGGUCGCAACUCGCAUCGCAGUUUAUCCGGCUGCCCGAAAGCAGCCGCCAGUAAGGCAGCUGCCCGUGAAAUCAAGUAUCAGAAUGGAUUGUUAUUUCGGCAGAAGCUGCACUCAGCAGUACUAAACUACCAACAGUUAAACGAAUAUAGAUCAACACUCAUCGGUCAAACCCAGCACAGUCGCAGUUUAUCGCCCCCGGAUCGUCGCCUGGAAACGUAUUCACCAGAAGACAAUAAUUCAACCGACGAACCACAAAAUUUGAAAACUACUUCAAAUCAACUGGAAAAACGAACUAACGAACCAACCCUUGCUUCACCGUCGACUGACAAAAAAGCAGAAAACUUAGAAGAACCUAAACUGGUAAUCAAAACCGAGAAACUUGACCCAGACAACAGUGAGGUACCGAGCGGCGGCAAUCGAUCCACCAUGUUGGACAGUAGCAUGGGUUAUGAUCGCCAGGCGGACUACCGCUACAGUCACCAGCAACACCAACAGUAUACGAACACUCAUAUGAGCAGCUCAGCCGUAGGAUAUGACUUCGGAAGUUAUCCCAGUCGACCGUACGGAGAUGCGGGUGCUUUCGAACGGUACGAUCCAAGGUACGGACCCCCAGCGUACACAGCGGUUGAAGCACCGUUAAUGCAAGACUACAGUUCACCACCAGCGGUGGGGUUUCAACAGGCGCAAGGUCAAACAUCGACGACGGUUGGCCUUGCGGUGGAGCCUACUACGGCUACUCCAGCGCUCAAACUGGAACCGGACGAGAACAACAGUCCGGCUGGACCGAUUUGUCCAAGGCCACUGUACCAUACCAGCAGCAACAGCAGCAGCAACAACAACAACAACACCAACAACAACAGCAGCACUACUGGUACGGUAGCCACUUCAACGAUGACAGUGCAGCAACCUCAAACCCCGGGAGUGGGUUCGAGGUUUUCAGCAAUCAAUUUGAGUGUCAAAACCAUUCCGGAUACGAAAGAUACUUUCCAGGGCAAUAGAUCACCGGCCAGCAGGGAACGUGCGCCGGUUAUGGAUUUAUCCAACGGUAACGUUUCGUCCACCGGCACUCGGCAAACUGCUCGAUCCUUUGAUGAAAGAACUGUGAUCGCAUCGAAAAUAGCUAGUCCGCAACGACAGACGCUUGAUUUGAGUGUAAAUCGAUUACCAAACAGCACCGCCAGUCCUCAAAGUAAUCAACGAACAUCUACCGGUUCUCCGGUACCGAAAUCACCCCAAAACGAACCGAUGGACUUUAGUGGGCCAACCAGACCAGGACUGGGUUUCAGUUUUAUGGCACCUCCCCCCGUCAAUAUGGCUUACAGCCGGGACUCCACACCGGACAGUGCUUCCUCCCACUACAUUUCCGAUGGAUAUCGAGAUCAUAGUGGUUAUCCAAGUCCCCAUCCAGCGACCGGCUAUGGAAUGGCAACCAUGGAGUAUGCGGCUAAUCCCGGUUACCCAGGGUACGGUCCACCGGGGCCAUAUCAAAGUUGCAGUCCGUACGGAGCACCACCACCAAGCCACCAUCUGUACUCGUCCGGUGGAGCUUAUGGUGCCGGACACUAUUCGAUGCCUCCACCGAGCCAUAUUCCGUCGCAGGAUCGUUUGCUGAGCGAUGGGCUGACGGGUUUUGGCAGAGCGUUCCAGCACGUUAAUUCGCAGGAGCUCAAGUGUCCCACCGCCGGGUGUGACGGAUCGGGACAUGCUACCGGUAAUUACUCGUCCCAUCGGAGUCUGUCUGGGUGCCCACGGGCAACGAAGCCGAAGAACAAGCCGAGAGAUGGUUCGGAGGCGGAGCCGUUGAGAUGCCCAAUCCCUGGCUGCGAUGGGUCUGGACAUUCAACGGGAAAAUUCCUAUCGCAUCGCAGUGCAUCCGGUUGCCCAAUCGCCAGCCGGAAUCGAAUGAGGAUCAUCGACAGUGGAGGUGCCAACAUGGGAGGGAUGAAAUUUGGUAGCGAUUCCGGAUACUCCACCGAUGGUUGUGAAGCAUCCAAAAAGAUACGAUUCUCCGACGAGGGCUCCGACAGAUUAACAAAGAACUACAACGGAAUUGAUGACAUCGUAUCUACCAACGAAUCCCGAGGCAGUGAAGUCAGUAACCACUCUGCGACAGAUUUGGACAACUUCAGUCAUCAAGAUCCUUAUCAAAGUGAUCAAAUAAAAGCUGCUGGCAAUGAAGAAGAAACUGUACCAUCUGCCGGUCCUGAGCCAUCCGGAGAAGACCUGCUCUCACUGGAGGCGGAAAUUUCAGAACUGCAACGAGAGAACGCCCGUGUCGAGUCGCAAAUGCUUCGGCUAAAGACCGAUAUCAAUGCGAUCGAGACGCAACUAGGUCAAGCAGAUCGGAAAACAGAAACACCAACCGGUUGUGGCAACGACGUGAACGACUACUACGGUAGUCUACCUCUAGCGAUAAACACUGGCAACCCGUCUAACCAACCGGCACUAGAGACAACGGCGAAAGCGGUCAAUGAGUCACGGGAUGGAAAAAUGCACAACCAGAUUACGAAUCACAACAACAAUAAUAAUAACAACAACAAUGAAAUUUGUGAAAAUCAUAACAGCAAUCAGUACUAUUCGAAACUACAACCAUCUUCCCAGCAGCAAUAUUACACUUCUUCGGAACCGGUCUACCACGAUGUCCCGCACUACGGUCUCGGCCCGCAGGAUCCGGAGUCACUCGAUCGAUCUUCGCGGUACUACGAAUAUGGCCCUGUUUUAGCGACGGCGCCAAUUUAAAUAGGAAUCACGAAGGCAGACCCAGCAUUGCAUUCAUGUAUAACGAGACGGGACUUUUACAUACAUACUAAGCUUCCUAAUAAUGAUCAUAUUUGUUUUAAGAGUCUAGUGAAACACUCACUCACAUAUCAUUAGAAGAUUUUUAUCUUUUAACGGUAAUUAUCUAGUGCAGGUUCCUUUCACUUUUUCUACAAACUGUUUAAGUUGUUUUCAUUACUGGAAGAAAUCAAUUGUAUACUACCUGGCUACCUGUUCUCUGUAAAUUUCCGUCUUUAUUUUCGUAACACUGAACACAAAUAUAGACUACGUAGCAUAUUAAAAUUUUAAA